AUUGGGAAACCUGAGCCUUGUUCACUAAAAACAACACUAAAGUAUUUUAUUUGAAAAAAAAACAUGAACAACUUCACGAUGCCAGAUCCGCAGUAUUUUUUAUUUGCUGCUCGAAGAGACCAGGGUCAGCUUAUUCUAGUCAAUCCAAAGUCUGGACAGCGUUUUUUGAUGAAUGAGGAAUUACUUCGUAGAGACUAUAGAGUUCAGCUUGGAGAUUUUCUCAAAUGCAGAACCAACAGAGCGAGAGAAUUGUACGAAAUUUCACAAACCAAACAUACUGCAGACAUUUCAACAGUUAUCAACGGGGAUGAAGCUAUUGUGGUAAAUCUCAAAGUCAACCUAAUUUCUCAAAAUGGACUUUUGCUAUUUCAAUGCCCACUUUUUGAUGAUAUCCGAUGCUGGCCUGUAAUACAAACAGGAAGAUACGUCAUCACAAUGAGACUAUUAAAUACAUCUCGCGAAAUGAUACCUGGAAAAAUUGUUCAUUUUGAAGCUGUUGACAUUGCAGCUCAAGCACCAAACGAAAGGUUUGUAAACUCCGGACAAAAAGUAGGCUCCGGAUUUUCAACUACUGCUAAGAAACCAGAACCUAUUGUUGGAACUGGAUUCUCGUCGGCUUCAAGAACGGAAUCGCCAAAACCAAAUUCGACGGUCGUAGGAAAGGGAUUCCAACGGCCUCAAACUCCAAAACAAAAUACAAAAGUGGUGGGAAGCGGAUUCCCAUCUCCACAAAAACAGGUAACCCCGGCAAACAACAAUAAAGUUGCUGGCUCGGGAUUUCCUAAACCUCCCAAAAAGGAGGAAAAAAUCGUUGGUACUGGAUUUCAACCAUCGAAAAAAGAUAAAAACUCUGAAAAGCCAGGACAAAUUGUUGGCGAAGGAUUUACGACUUCGCAAACAAAAGAGGAAAAGCAGCGGGCCGUUGUCACAAGUAUUGACGAAAAACGACCUGGUUUAUAUUACUUGUGGAAUCUCGAUUCAAAAACUGAAGGAUUGUUCAAAACUACAAAGUAUGUUUUGGCACUGGGUCAUCAUUUUGAAGGAACUUUCCAGAAACAGGAAGAUGGAAGAUGUGUUUGUAAAGAGUACAAAGGGCCAAUAACUGAGCUUUUGCACGGCGGCAUCAAUGAUAAAGAGAAACUAUUUUUGACGGUUAAAAUAACCAAAUUUACACCGGCAGGAGUCAAUCAAAAAUUCUCAACUGGAACAGCAAAGUACAUCGGAGAAUUGCUGGAAGGAAGCACUGAUGAAACUAAAUUAACUGCUGGAUGCAUAGGAAAAACCGUCAAGAUUGAACGCCGUGGAGUUGGAGAGAAGGACUAUGUUUGGAUGGUUACUAAGAUUUUGUAACUGGUGACAAUAAGGACAUCAGCUUUUCUAACUAACUUAAAUUCUUUUUUACUUCUUUUCUUCUGAAUUAAUUGUGUUUUAAGGCGGCAUUCUAUGUUUCAGAAUUUAUUUACGUUUGCUUUUUCAUGUUUAAUUGUAAAAGUAAGCAAUUUUUCCACCGUCAAUCUUUCUAUAUUAAAAAAAAAUUAAGUUAUUCAAGUGUUGUGAAUGGUUCUAGGAUUUUUAAUUUUAAAAAUCUAAUAUCUGAAACAGUGCGGAUAGACAACAUUUAAUAAAGCAAAA